AUGCACAUCCUUGUCGUCAACGACGACGGGCCCCCUUCGUCUCAAUCCUCGCCCUACAUACAUUCCCUUGUCCACGCUCUCCAGUCCUCUGGUCAUGUAGUGUCUGUCGUCCUACCGCAUAGGCAGAGAUCAUGGAUCGGCAAGGCUCACCUUGUUGGAGCUACUGUCAAACCGACAUACUUUCACCCUGGGACCCUUUUCCACGACGACGGCACAAUACACCCGCUGCCGCGCAGUGCAGAAGGAGAAGACAGCCAGGGUGACGAGUGGGUUCUCAUUGACUCAACACCCGCAAGCUGUGUUCAAAUUGGGCUAUUUCACUUCUUUCAAGACCGUGGACCUGUGGAUUUAGUGAUUUCCGGGCCAAACUAUGGAAGGAAUUCCACUGCAGUCUUCUCUCUUUCCAGUGGUACCGUCGGCGGAGCGAUGGAGGCCGCAGUUUGUGGAUACAAAGCAAUUGCACUAUCAUUUGCUUUCAGCUCACGCGACCAUGACCCAGUCAUUAUAUCGGAAGCUGCGAAUCAUUCGGUUCGGUUGAUAGAGCAUCUUCACAAGAAGUGGACCAACGGAGUUGACCUUUACAGCAUCAAUGUUCCCCUGGAACAAGGUGUUAGCACCUCAAAGAUUCUGUAUACGAAUAUCUUAGACAAUCGUUGGUCAGGAAGCUGUUUCGAAGCAAUUGAUGCUGAGCUGAGUAGUGAGGAUCCUGGUCUACAGGAAUAUCUGCUUAGACAAAAUGAGGAAGGGAGCAACUCAAAUGGAGAUCCUUCUGGCUCUUCCUCCACUAGGCUCCAACACAAACACUUCAAAUGGGCUCCAAAAUUUGGCGAUGUCUUCAAGAGUGAGCAGGUCAGCCCCCCUGGGAAGGACGGCUGGGCUGUCAGGUCUGGGUUUACGAGCGUUACCCCGUUAAAGGCAAAUUUCAUGCACUGGCCAGGCUGUUCCGGUGAAAUAACGCUGUUGGAUGAGACCCCAAUAUUUUAUGCCUUGGUGGAUUGUCAAGACGCCUAUGUACAGCCCCUGGUGAUGAAGGCUAUACAGAAUCAGUUCAAAAACAUCCCUUAUAGAAUGAUAUCUUCCAUGCUCGAGCUACCUGACCCUGAUAGUCCGGUUUUGCAGUACAGGGUGUAUGAGAAGUCCGACUUUGAGCAUGUUCAUUCGCAUCCGUCAACUUCAUUGGUAAACUCUUACAUCAUUCGAAAGGCGUUGAUUCGCAAACACUUCCUUUCCAAUACCAUUGCCAAUUGGAUAACAAAAUACCCCGACAGUGUGCUUCGGCAGCAUUUUAAACCUACAAUAGACUUUGAAUUAGACUAUGCGGAGUUUCUCGAUGAGGCCUUGCUUGAAGCUUACGAGUUACGUGAGAGCCUAGAGGCCAAUGAAGGAAAGGAAGAGUGCGAAAAGGAGUGGUGGAUAUUAAAACCUAGCAUGAGUGAUCGUGCACAAGGAAUUCGUUUAUUCAACAGUGAAUCGUCUCUUCAGAAUAUAUUUGAAGAAUGGGAACCCGAAGACACAGAUUCAGAGGGAAGCAUCAGAGAGGAACCUGACGGGGACCCGGACGACAAAACAGACACCGGGGUGGUUACCUCUCAACUACGACAUUUUGUUGCACAGCCCUAUAUCCUUCGCCCCCUCCUACUACCUUCUACCUCAAAUCGAAAGUUCCAUAUUCGGGUUUAUGUUUUGGCUGUCGGGGCCUUGAAAGUCUAUGUAUAUCGAGAGAUGCUUGCUCUCUUUGCGGACAAAUCAUAUAUUCUUCCAUGGGAGAAGAGUAAAGCAGAAGAAGAUGAGGUCAGCUACCUCAGUCGUCACCUUACGAAUACCUGCCUUCAAUCUGAUACUACUGGCCAAGGCGUAGCUCCCGAGAAUGUCCAGCGCUUCUGGAAACUGGACGACAAGGAUGCUUCGAUGGAAGCCGGAUGGAAAGAUCGCGUAUAUGACCAGAUUUGCGCGGUCACGAGUGAAGUGUUUGAGGCGGCUGCUCGGGGUAUGAUGGUUCAUUUCCAGCCGCUACCAAACGCAUUUGAGGUAUUUGGUGUCGACUACCUAGUCGAUGAAACAGGCCGCGCGUGGCUACUCGAACUAAACGCCUUUCCCGACUUUCGGCAGACGGGAGAUGAACUGAAAGGGGAGGUUAUCGGGAAGCUGUUUGACGAGGUAGUCAAGAUCGCAGUAAAGCCUUUUCUCUUCCCUGUGGAUGAGAAAGGCAAUACAGCAGACGAGCAGGCAGAGUCUCGAUUCCGAUUGGUGGCCAACCUCAACCUGGGAAUCAAAUGA